UGUUUCAAGCGUGACAGAUUCAUAUCGUACUUCUCUGUGUUCAUUGUGUCUGCUAUUGUUAUGAGGAAGCACACUUGUUGACAAAUAAUGGAAGCAUCAAGAGAGAAAAGAAAGAUCAAGAUUAUUAAUAGAACCACUAUAUGCUCUAUUGCUGUUUCGACGCUAACUACCGAGAAUUAUGGCUGCGAAAGGCAUUCACACAUUGAGAUUUAAUCAGGAUCAAGGAUGCUUUACUUGUUGCAUGGAAUCUGGGCUGAGAAUUUAUAACGUCGAACCACUGGUCGAGAAGGCACAUUUUGAUAAUGAUUUCAUGGGAAGCAUCUCCAUGGCGGAGAUGCUCUGGAGGACAAAUGUGAUCGCUGUAGUAGGUGGUGGAAAUCGUGCUAAAUUCGCCGAUAACACUGUCUUAAUCUAUGAUGAUCUAUCAAAGAAGUUUGUCAUGGAAGUUACCUUCACCAGUUUGAUCAAAGCGGUCAGAUUGCGAAGAGAUAAAAUGGUGGUAGCGCUACAGCGAGAAAUUCACGUCUUUUCAUUUCCCACGCCUAUUCGAAGGCUGUUGACGCUCGAAACUAGAGAUAAUCCGAUGGGUUUGGUAGAAAUUGCGACGUUUGCGACAGCGCAGAGGCAGCUACUAGCUUUUCCUGGCCACAAACUCGGUAGCGUACAAUUGGUGGAUCUUGCUGCCACCGAGACUGGAAGUUCCAGUGCUCCUAUCACUCUCUCCGCGCAUCAGGGUGCACUGGCAUGUCUGGCAGUUAACGGAAAUGGGACCAUGAUCGCUACUGCGUCGGUUCAGGGAACUUUGAUCAGAGUAUGGGAUUCUGUGCGCAGAAGUUUAUUAGUCGAAUUGAGGCGCGGUGCGGAUCCCGCUACGCUUUAUUGUAUAACUUUUAGCAGAGACUCGGAAUUUUUGUGCGUCUCUAGCGACAAGGGAACAGUACACAUAUUCGCUCUGAAAAAUACUAGUUUGAACCGACGAUCCACUUUUUCAAACAUGGGCUUUCUUGGUAAUUACGUUGAGAGUCAAUGGGCACUAGCUACUUUCACGGUACCUCCAGAGUGCGCGUGCGUUUGUGCGUUUGGCACGCACAAUUCUGUGAUAGCCGUAUGUAUGGAUGGAACGUUUCACAAAUACGUCUUUACUGCAGAAGGCAGUUGCAAUCGGCAAGCAUUCGACGUAUUUCUCGAUGUGUGCGACGACGAAGAUUUUUAACAUAAGGCCUAUCGCGCGUUUAUGAAUAAAUACAAGAUUAUUAUCGUUAUAAAACAGUACUUGCAACGAAAUUUCUCUAGUCGGUUUGCAAACGAGAUUUCUUGUAUGUGAUAAUUGUGCAGGUACAGGUAAUCGAGUCAAUUAUGCAAAAAGUACACGAGUCAUGAAAAAAUUGAUGUGCCAUGUGGCUUUCAACUUUUUUACGACAUACAUGUGCUUUGCAUAAUUAUAAUUAUAAAGAGUUGUAAUAAAUAUUGAUAGACAUAUAUUUUCUACA